AUGUUCCUGUCUGGAGCCAUAAAGGUGUCUGAUACUCAGAUCACAAAGAACACAUGCAAGUGCUACGCAGGUACAACGCGUUCAGUAAGCAAGGUCCAUGGGAAACUCGCCAAAAUCACUGCCCUCAGAAAUUAUCAUGCGUGCAGCAAAAACUCGUGUGGCCUGCCCAGAACGGCAUCCCGUUUGGUAAUACAUAUGUUGGAUGAUCUGCAGUAUGUAGAAUGUUUCAGUGUCGGAUGUCCUGCAGGUAGCCAAUUGUCGUUCUGCAAGAAGAACAAAACAUCCGACUACUGUCAUGACUGCCCCGGAGGAAGCACACAGCCUUUACCCGUGAACUCGAAAACAGUCCGAACCAGAGAGGAAAUCCCGAAAUGCGUACGGGCAAAUAUUGACUGCCCUCCAGAAGCUGUACCAGCUCUCGAAGAUGGAAUCGAUUGUAGGUGUGACGCGUCCCGAGGGUAUAUAGGUAGUGACUACAUGCUUUGUUUGAAAUAUACCAAGUGUCCUCCUGGAACUGCGUUUGAAACAGAAAAUGGGGCUUGCAGGAUUUGUCCUGUUGGAACGUUUAAUCCUGAAAGCGGUUACGGGCCCUGUAUCUCUCACACUGACUGUGCACUAAACAACAGGGAAACUGUUCUGUUUGGAAAUACAACAGUGGAUAAUGUAUGUGGAGAGCUGAUAGAAUUACAAGUCGUUAAUGUGACAACGGCGAACACUCUGCUAAAGGGUAAGAAGGAGAACCGAGAGAAUUUAAGACAAACACCCACCGAGGAAUUGAAACAAAUACCAGAUGCAUCAUUGAAACAUCCGCCGGACAGAGCACUGGUUGUUACUGAGCGACACACGGGUAUCCCGAUGCUCGUUACUCUGGUCAUGGGCGUGAACAUUCUGUUGUUAACUAUACUCCUAAGUGUAGUUAUUUACAAAUGGCGAAAAGGAAUAAACAUUAAUGGUAAACCGAGCAUGCCGGCGAAUGUCGAUCGGACACAGACUGGUGGUAACGAUAAACCAGGAGUCCAGGUAGAAGAAGAUUGCGGACCAGAAUAUGCGUUGAAAGCCACAGAUGAUACUGGCAGUUCUACAGAAGAUCAAAGUUUAAUGAGCAUGACCGGAGAAGAACCAGGGACACUGACCAUCUACCCACAGAUUAACGCUGUCCCCUGUGUUCCUACAGCUCCCUCUAUGACGCCAUCGAUGAUGAUAUAGGCGAAAAUACUUCAUUCUGGCAAAUAUUAUGAAAUCGAUUUCAGUAUCAAUGUAAAAAUAUCUGUGAUGAAUUAUAUAAAGGGAAAGUAAAGUAAUAGUUUCAAGACACGAAUGAAGGUUAUUCCCUAUUGCGAGUGAAAGACAAAAGCAGACUCAUAGUCCAAGUAGAAAAAGACCAGUUGUUUCGGAAGAGUAUGCGUUUUCUGACGAUCGCCAUUUAAACCUUGGUCAGUCCAAAUAAGUAAUGCUUUGUUCCGGAUAAUCAACGGGGAAUUUUUAUUUUGAGUUUUUUUAGAUCCUUAAAAGGAAAGAAAAUAUGUCGGGAAGUGCAGAAAUCCUUAACGUCAUUUUGACCCCACACUGUACGACGUUGCGUUCAACAUGUCGCCAGUCCAAUGUUGAAUGGGCUGUCGAUAUAGUAUCAUGAUGAUUUGUACUGGCAGGAUUGCCUUCCAAAGUACAACAAACAGGAAUUUAAGUAUAACCUGUUGUGUAUGCACUGGAAGUACAUGCAAUCAAACGCUCAAUGGAAUAAUUUCUGAUUCAAUGCUUUCUCUUCCAUCACAGCGGAAUUGAAAACUAAUUGACUGAUAAUUUUUUUUAUCAUCAGUGCAGUGGUAAUUUAUCAAAUUAAUUCUUUGAUUAAAAUGGCAAAAAUAUACAAGGGCAUGGAUACUUAAUGAACUAUGAAACCUUGUUUUAUACAUGUAGUUUUUAAUUAUUAGAAUUAUUUCAUUAUCAACUCUCUAGCAAGGACUAUUGUGACUUGUGAUUACAAAGAGAAAUGAUUGUUUAUUGAUAGAAAUUGGUAUAAAUAGUGCAUCAGUAAGUGACUCUAGUGAUUGCAAAAAAAUUUUGAACCUCGUGACAUUCUCAAAGAAGAUGGGUAAUUGAUUCUCUUUCGGAAUUACAAUAAUGUAUAUAGAUUACAUAAUGGACUUGUGACUAACUUUGCCUUGAAAAGUCUAGAAUUAGUAGUUAAAAUAUGAUGGGGAAUUCUGUACUUGAGCCACUGUAGUGUAGCAUUUUUCGUCACCUGAAAUGGCAUUUUAUAGAAAGUUUCCCAGUCAUUGUUAAUUAGUUCAAACUGUUUUCCCCAUUUUACCUCACCUACUGGCUCUCUACGCCUGUGUUUAGAAUAUUAUAAGAAAUAUUUUGAUCCUUUUAAAUGUCUUAUAAAAAUAUGGAUAUAAAAUGGAAUUAUGGAAGUAUUUUCUAUAGGUAGUUUAUCUGACAAAACCUUUUUGACUGUAGAUAUGAUCCCUUGAUAUUUUACAUAUGGUUACAUUGUAUGCCUGCAAAAACUCUUAGAAACUGAGAAAAUAUACAGUCAUCUUGCCAUUUACAUACUCACCCCCAACAUUUAUUUGGACAUCAAUCAAUUCUUUAAUAUUGAGGACCACUUACCUGGUGUAUGAUGUAGUCUUCUAGCCGGACUCAGUUUCAAUGCAUCUUCAAAAGCCCUUAUAUUGACCAUUUUUAAUCUACCAUUUAUAUAGUCUUGCACAACAGUAUUUCUCUUAAUUUUGUCUACUUUACUAUUCCACAAGAAUUCAAAUAUAAUGGACUCAAUUCUCUUUAAAGUCUUUUCAUCUGGGUUUGGUAAAGCAAUGAAGAAGAGAUUGAGCUGUGAAGUCAAAAGGGAUUUGAUUGUGUGUAUUUGUCCUAUUGGUGUAAGAUUUCUUCUUUUCCAAGUAUUCAUAAGUGCUUUUAAUUUUACUAUUUUCUUGUCAUAAUUAAUUUUUAGCAUAACAUGAAGAUUGACGUCAAAUUCUAUCCCAAAAAGACUGAACCUUUCCUUUCCCCUCAGCAGAUUCAGUUCUGGCAUAAAUGUUUCACUGCUAUAUUUCUUAGCCCCUAUCCAUAUGACCUGAGUCUUAUCAAUGUUUACUUUAAGUCCAGAGAUGCCUGCAUAAGUAUUUAGUUCUUUCAAAGAUUCAAAUAACGACUGUUCACGCCCAUCUAACAUGAAAAAAGUGUCAUCGGCAUAUUGAGACAAAAGGAUAGGAAACAAAUCUACUUUAAUACCAUUGAUCUUAUUGUUAUUUCGUACUAUAUCAGCUUUGUGUUGGAGAUUAAUAUUUGGGCAGUCUUGAAUCAAGAAGUGAAAUUUUCAUAGUGUUUCCACAUAAUCUUGUUGUGAAAGCUUUCUGAGUUGGAAUUUGCUGAAAUGUAAGUAGUUUGUUACCAUGACAGUGUUGCUGAUUUAAAGACAGGUGUUCAGAAAUAAAUUUCUUCUAUAAUGUAAUGUUUAGAAUAAGCAGUAAUUUUGCAUUUGUAGCAUUUUGUCAGUUGGUAACCAUGGCAAUCACAUGUCAGAAAUCGGAGGAUUUUUUUAUUUACACAAAUUUUAUCUCUCUGCUAUUAAUAUAAUUGUUAUGUAGUUUAUAAAUAUAUAUAUAUAUACAUGUAAGGAUGUAUUUUUCAUAACCAAACCGCUAUACCUGUUUAUCCAUGACAUGACCAAUAAUUUCAGAAAAAAUGCAAAUUAACUGUUUCCUGCUACCUUUGGAUAAUGAUUAUGUUUACAUGUUGGUAUUUUCGUAUUAUUUGUAAACAUUACAACUACUUUUUACCUAAGUCUAGUCAUAUGGAGCAUUUAGCUUAUGCUAUAAAACAUG